AUAGGGGAAGCCAAAGCCAGGAAGACACCAUUGCAGCAACUUUGCCUUCUCUUCCAUUUCCAUUCCAUUCAAACAUGGCCUACCACCGGAGAUCCGCAAGUGUGCCCUCAAGCCCUUGCUCCAAUGAGACCAGCAUUGAGGAACAGCUGCAGAGCCUGAAGGCGACUGUCUGCUCACCUUCAGUGACCGUCGAAGCCAUGGUUGAUGGUCUGACCAAGCUUGGGAGCAUCUACAGCCGCAUCGAUGAGUUCAUUUGCGUGCCCAGCAGCCAGCGUCAGGCAGUGGAGGAUGAGCUCGAGCGCUCUCUCGUCCUGCUUGACCUCUGCAGCGCGGUGCAAGAGAGCUUUGCGGAGCUCAAGACCAUCAUCCAGGAGAUGCACCUGGUUCUCAAGAGAGGAGAUGCUGCAGCUGUUCAGGCCAAGGUUCAGUGCUACGUCCGCAUAGCCAAGAAGGUGCAGAAGCAGUUCAAGAAGGUCAGCAGCAAGGCUGCCUCUGACACCGACAGAUGCAGGGUGGUCAAGUUGUUGGCUGACGCAAGAGAGAUCACCGCGUCGAUGCUCGAGUCGACAUUGGAUCUCCUUUUGAAGCAAGUUGUUGUGCCAAGUUCAAACAAAUGGUCCCUUGUCUCCAAGGCAUUGCAGAAGAAGAGGGUCGUGUGCGAGGAGGAGCAAUUGCAGGCGUUGGAGUUGGAUAUUGUUGGUCUCGAGAUCGGAGUUGAAACUUUGUUCAGGAGAAUGAUCCGGAGCAGAGUUUCUCUUCUGAACACUCUUAGCUUGUAGAGAGAUCAUACACCAACUCUGAUCCCCUGUGAUUGGCGUCCGCCUUUUAGAGGAUCUGCUGAUCAU